AUGAGAGCACUAAUCCUUAAAAACUGGAGCGUAGUACUGCCGAGCCGCUGGAGUGGCGGCCAUUGUCUCGUGGACGAGGCCAUUGUCACACGGGGGAGGGCAGUCUCGAGGGCCAUCAGCGAGCGGGAGGCGAAGAAAUGUUGCUACAUGUUUGGGGAUGCAAUUAUGGAAGCAGGUGAUUUGGCCUCGCAUGUCAAAAGCACAGACAUGCGGGCAGGCGGGCGUGGGUGCGAGGAAGGCUCUGAGCGGCAGGGGGCAGCAGCGCCGGCGACGGGGCCUGCGGGCAAGAGGAAGCGCCGGCACCGCACCAUCUUCACGGAGGACCAGCUGGAGGAGCUCGAGCAGACCUUCCAGAGAACGCAUUACCCGGACGUCCUUCUGAGGGAGCAGCUCGCCCUCAAGGUCGAUCUCAUGGAGGAGAGGGUCGAGGUAUGGUUCAAGAACCGCCGAGCCAAAUGGCGGAAGCAAAGGCGAGACAUGCAGCAGCAACAACAGCAACCACAACAACAACAACAACAGCACUUCCCAGAAAGCAAAGACCACAAGAUAGAGGUGAAAGUCGUCGUGGUCGACCAAGAAAGCGUGGCCGAGACCUCGCACCUCCCAAGCGCCGACGAGGUUAAACCGGGUCUUCCUCAACACGGCGAAAAACGGGUCGACCUCCAACAUCGGCCGGUCUCGUCAGACGCGAACAACCCAAGAGUCGAUUCGCAUCCGGAUCAGAACCAUCGGGAGAGUCAGAAGUUUAGUCGUUAUUCCGGCCCGAGUGUCAGCGUUAAUGAGUACCUUGAGAACGCCGUCAAGUCCUAUUGCGAAAACGGGAGUCGCUUUCCGCUGCAGACUGAGAAGUUCUGUGGCAGCGCAAGACUGACUCCGCGGCUGCCCGUUGACUGCCGCGUCAGCCGAGGCAGCGAUGACGUCACUUCACUGGUUGACUCUUCUGACUCUGAAAUCAAGAGUCAGGAGUGA